AUGAAGCACCCUCGCCAAAGACGAUCCGAUAUAUUUGUGUGUGAUAAACUUAAGAAGCAACAAGCAAACACCACAUCACUACAUGUCCACUCAUGUUCAUUAUUUUUACAGGAUGAGCACCUCAGGUGCUCCUUGUCACCGGAUUCUCAAACCGGAGAUAGUGGAAGUGAAGAAUCAACAGAUGAUGAAACCGUGGAUAUCAGGGAUAAUGGAUUUCAUGAUGCAGAAAAUGAUGUGGAUCAGGACUUAGAUGAUGCCGAGCGAAUAUUGAGUGGAAAAUUGAGUGAAACCAGUGCGUGCACCCGUGCUGAUCUCUAUGGCUACAAGGAGGUUAAUGGCAAUGAUUCAGACGCUGAACCCUCUGUUGAGGAUAACGCUUUGGAGUCAAAUAUAGGUCCAAAUGAUGCUCCGCUAAGCCAUUUAACUGAAACUGGCUCAAUGAGAGUCCAACAAUCAUUGAAUGAAAAAGAACCAUCAAAUCCGGUUUCCAGUCAUGAAACUCCAUUGUCAAUGGGAGAAAUUCUUUUGUCUUUGGAUGCUGGAAUUCCAUUACCUAGUCCUGGAGCUGAAUAUCCUAAGGACAGACACUCCAACAAACCCAAUGGAACUCAGCAGCAUGUGAAGCGUUCUAACUUAUGGGGACGCAAUAAUGCAAGAAAAGGCCAACAGUCGGAAUUAAUUGAUCCGUCUGGCGAAGAAGACCUUGCUAUCCAAAGACUUGAGGUAACAAAGAAUGAUCUACAGAUCAGGAUUGCAAAGGAGGCUAGAGGUAAUGCAAUCCUACAGGCAAGUCUGGAAAGAAGAAAACAAGCAUUACAUGAGCGUCGGGUAGCUUUGGAACAGGAUGUGUCAAGGUUGCAAGAGCAGCUACAGGCUGAAAGAGAUCUUAGAGCUGCACUCGAGGUUGGAUUAAGCAUGUCUUCUUCCCAAUUGUCUAGUUCACGCUCCAUGGAUUCAAAGACAAGGGCAGAGCUUGAGGAGAUUGCUCUCGCAGAAGCUGAUGUUGCAAGAUUAAAACAGAAGGUUGCAGAGCUCCAUCUCCAACUCAAUCAACAGCGCCAGCAUCAGUAUGGCUCUUCCGUAGAUGCUAAUGAUCGUUAUCAACACCUUCCAAGUCAUAUAUCUCUCAGUAAGACAAUACAGCCCUUACAAUUGAAUAUUGUCCAACCAGGAUUUGACAGGAGCAUUGCUUUCUGUAAUCAAGAGAAGAAGCAAAGGAAUGAGGAGAGCUUGCCAAGUUCAUCCCACUGGAGAAGCAUCAAGCAGCAUGUGCUGUCGCAUGGUUCUUCAAGGCCUUUCUCCCGCAAGCAUUCCCUGGAUGCCUCCUUGAGUGAUUCAAAGGAGGCAUCAACAAGUGUGCCUGCAGAGAGUGGGUCAAUGUUGGUGAACAUCCCCAGAACAACUGAGGGUGUUGGAUAUGGGAGACCGCCGGCUGUGCCAUCGUCCACUCUGGUUGAACUAACGACGAGACUAGAUUUCUUCAAAGAACGGCGGUCACAGUUGAUGGAACAACUCCACAGCCUCGAUUUAGGUCAUGGUUCCGCAUCCCAUGGUUUCCCAUACAAGCCGUCGUCUCCCUGGAACAGUCCAAGGUAGGAGGUUGCUCAGUUGUUGCAAGCUCACGUCUGUAUAUUCUCAGUAUAGAAUCUUUUUUUUUCUCUAACGUUAUCUUUGUAGAAGCUGGUAGUGAGAAUGUAUAUCCC